AUGUCCGGCCAACCUGUCAAACGCAGUGAGUGCGCGGCGGAGAGCCAAGCGGAUUCUCCAAAUGUUUUAUCGUCAACAAGCGGAAAGAAAAGGACUGAAAAGGUGUUUAAAAAACUCACCAUCUCUGAAGACUCGUCCACAUCCAUCGAAAACUUAAAAUCCGAAAUACGUGGCAUCGAAACUCUGGUAAACGACUUGCUUCGUCGCCAAUCGGAGCUGAACGCCCUACUCCCCCAGCUCCAAGAACCAGAGACUCUCCGGCCACCAGAGAGAGAAAGAUCCACAUCACCCAACGCCACUGCCACCGGUCACUGGAGCCAUCCGGGAGGGAGCCGUGUUUCCGCGCCACUUGGCCUACAGAACCGAUUCGGUCCACUUUCACAUCUAAGAGACGAUGAGACCCAGAACUUCGGUGCGGAUUACCGCGAAGAGCCGAGACAAUCAAGAAAGCGUCCCUCCUGCUGCUCUUCCAGUCCUGUUCGUCUCACAUCUCCCCCAGGCCUCCCUGGUUCCAGCAGCCCGCGGAGCAAACGCUCUCGGCUCCAAAAAACGACUUCCCCCUCCGAUGAGGAACCUGCUGAGAAAUCAAUGACUGCUGAGAUCAUCGAUGCCCCAUCAGGUGAUGAGAGGCACCCGACAUCCAUGGCCACGAGACCGUCGUCGUCACCCGAUGCUGCAGCUGUCUCCCCAUCGCCUCUCCCGACCAUGGAACUACGGCCCCCGGAGAAGCCCGAAGAUCCCAAGCCUCCACGUUCUGCUGCUGCUCCUAUCGCCACCUCAACACCCAGGCCCGCGCCCUCAGUGGCUCCUCGCACCACUGCAGGGGGGAAACCGGGAUCUCUCAGAACCGCAACAGUCACGGCCACCACCACUGGCUUCGACGGCACAGCUCCAACCAACCUGCAGUCGGCCCUGCGGCCCCAAAGAAGCCUGCCUGCAGCGGUCUCCCAUGCUAGCCCUCCAGCUAUCAACAAGCCGCUACCUGCUCCCAUCAGUGAGGACGACCUCUACAAAUUAAUCAAGGAAAGCAAGCAGUCAACCUGCAGCCUCGACCCCAUUCCCACUUUUUUGCUGAAAAACAUUUUAGGCUGUCUCUCACCAUUUCUACUAGAAAUUAUAAACAGUUCCCUUCUCAGUGGCAUUUUCCCCAACUCGUUCAAAACAGCUGUAGUCAAGCCGCUAUUGAAAAAAACAAACCUGGACCAAAGUAUUCUCAAUAAUUACAGACCUAUUUCCAACCUACCAUUCCUGAGCAAAAUCCUAGAAAAAGCUGUUUUCAAACAAUUAAACUCAUUUCUGUCUGACAAUGACAUCCUAGAAAAAUUCCAAUCGGGGUUCAGAGCCAACCACAGUACUGAAACUGCCCUGAUCAAAAUAACAAGUGACCUCAGACGCAACACUGCAGCAAGCAAAGUCUCAGCCCUGAUUCUUCUUGACCUCAGUGCCGCAUUUGACACAAUAGACCACAAUGUACUGUUAAAUCGCCUUGAAUCCUGGGUAGGACUGUCUGGCCUAGUCUUAAAUUGGUUCAAAUCUUAUGUCACAGGCAGGACAUUCUUUGUCAGCAUCGGGGACCAUGUAUCUAGCAAGUACGAUAUGCCCUUUGGAGUUGCCCAAGGAAGCUGUUUGGGUCCCCUCCUCUUCUCCCUAUACAUGCUGCCCCUAGGCAGUGUCAUCAGAGAACAUAACAUCGACUUCCACAGCUACGCUGAUGACACCCAGCUAUAUAUCGCAAUAGAACCCAACCACUCCACCACUAUCUCUGCCGUGUCCUCCUGUCUAUCUGCCAUUACUAAGUGGAUGAACAGUAAUUUCCUAAAGCUAAAUGAAGAAAAAACAGAGGUCCUCUUAAUUGGGCCCCCGGAUAAACGCAGAGCACUCCACCACCACCUUGGUGAGUUAAAAAAGCAUACCAAAGACACUGUUACCAGCCUUGGCGUGAUCUUUGACCCUGACCUGAGCUUCUGUCCCCACAUAAAGAAAAUCAUCAAGUCUGCCUAUUUCCAUAUUAGAAACAUUUCCAAGGUGUGCGAUUGCGUCUCCAAACAAGAUGCUGAAAAACUUGUGCACGCUUUUGUUACUAGCCGUGUCGAUUACUGUAAUGCACUCUUCACCGGUCUCCCGAAAAAAGUACUUGAGAAGCUGCAACACAUCCAGAAUAGUGCAGCACGACUGCUCACGAAGACCAGGAAGAGAGAGCACAUUACACCUGUCCUGGCAGCCUUACAUUGGCUGCCUAUACCCUACAGAAUCGAUUUUAAAGUUCUUUUAACAGUAUUCAAGGCCCUAAAUGGUCUCGCCCCUCCAUACAUCUCUGACAUGUUGUCUUUUUAUACCCCUACCCGCCCCCUCAGGUCAAUCGAUUCCAAACUUCUCAAAAUCCCACCCUUCCCACCAAAGAAGAUUGGCGAAGCCGCAUUUGAGUUGUAUGCUCCCAAAAAGUGGAACUCCCUCCCCCUUCAUAUUAGAACAGCCCCCUCUGUGGACACUUUCAAGAAACGGCUCAAAACACAUCUUUUCUCACUUGCCUUCUGUUAGCUGCCAUCUUUCCCCUCCCCCCCCCUCCAAUUCACUGUGCCUUAUUUUAUUAUUGCUUUUAUUCAAUGUGUGUAUAAUUUUUGUUCUUUUUCUAUACUGGUCUUUAGAUAGGGCCUAUCUAUUUUAACUACUCUGAUUUUGACUUUUUAAUUACUUUUUACCGUAUUGCCUCUGUGCUAUUGUGCUCUAUUCUAUUAUUGUUUUUAACUUUUACCACUUUUAUUGUUAGAGCACUUUGAGCUGCAUUCCAUGUAUGAAAAUGUGCUUUAUAAAUAAAAUUAUUAUUAUUAUUAU